UCGAAACGCGAUGCACGUGAUUUCGGAAAAUAUUGCCAGGCAGGAACUAGUGACUUACAUUGCGGGCCAUGGAACAUCGCCUUUCCGAGCUCCUACAAUCCAACUGUGCUAUUGGGGAGGAAGAUAUAGCCCACAUUUCGGACAUAUGUUCUGAGUCCACUGAAGAAUUGGACCGCUUGAACUCCCAGAUUCUUCAACUACAGCUUUCCUUGCAGUCAGUUACAAUCAAGCGUGACGAGCUCCAAACAAAGCUCGGUGUAUACCGGGCUGCUCUUUCUCCUCUUCGGCGAUGUCCAACGGAAAUAUUUCAACAAAUCUUCACCUGGACCCUCCCACCUUUUCCUGUACUUUCUUUCGACGAAGGUCCUCUCCUUCUCGGACGUGUUUGUAGCCGCUGGCGCUCUAUAUCCAUUAGUACGCCAGAGCUAUGGUCUGCUGUUCACGUCACGAUUCCGGAAGCGUUGCAUACAUACCAAGGAUUCAAUCGAAAAUGCGAGGAACUUCGACAUUGUUUAUCUACCUGGUUGGGACGAGCAAGUAUGCUCCCUCUCCAUAUUUCUGUGUUUUCGCGAAACGAGAACAGCUAUCAAGAGGACGUAUCACAGGUGGCUCUUACACUUCAGGUGCUUGUCCCUCUAUGUCAGCAGUGGAAGUAUCUUAGCCUUCAGGUACCUGCCUCUUGCUUGAGUGUAUUCAGUGAGCUUCAAGGAAUCGACGUCCCAUUGCUCGAAUCAGCAAUCAUUGCAUGCUCCGACUCAAACCAUUUCGUUCUGGAAAGUACCAAUUAUCACCCCUCUUUCUUAGAGACUGCCCCCUCCCUUAGACGUCUCAACCUUGGUGAUGCCGGACCUCUCUUCCGUCCUGUUGUUCCUUGGAAUCAACUGCGUUUCCUAUCGUUAGGCCACAACGACUGGAACUUCGGUUCCCGAGAGCUCGCGCACAUCCUCACUGAAUGUACAGAGUUGAGGGAAUGCGAGUUGCGGAUACCCGCCCGUACUGAUCUAGUCAGGUCGUUGAGCAACCCGAUCUGUCUUCCUCACUUGGAGAGGCUUUCUUUGAACACCGACACCACUCUUAUGACGGAGGUCCUCAGCCAGCUUUGUCUGCCCAGUCUUCAGCGUCUGCACUUGGAUGGAUACCGCGCGGUGCUGAACUCUACGGUUUUAGCCUCAUUGAGGGGCAUGCUUCACAGAUCGCAUUGCCCUCUGCAAAGUCUCAAACUAGACAUCCAACGCUCCUCCAGUUUGACAACAUCGUCCGUGAUAGAUUUAUUGAAGACGAUAUCUUCGCUAAAGACAUUGGCACUCAUGGAGGGCAACAUAUGUACACAUUUUCCUAUUAUCGACGAGGAACUUUUAAAUGCGCUCUCUGACUCGGAAGACCUACUUUGCCCUCGUUUAGAGUUCAUCCACCUUCCCGAUCGAUUCACUUUCUCAGAAUUGACCUUGGAACGGUUCCUAGCUAUGCGGCUAGACCCUUCCCUUGAAGAAGUUACAACAUUGCAGGCUGCUCACAUUGUUAGCUGCAGAAGCGGACUAGCUGAUCGCUUUGCUCGGUUUAGAGACCACGUUAAGAUCGUGGAAGAUAUUCCGUAUCGAAGUUUACCCUAUGGAGGUCGUCCAAUGUCACGGUACUUAGAGUACUCAGACGAAUAUUAAAGUUUCGGAAAGUCCUUUUGUACGUAGUAUUCUGAGGUAAGGCUCUGACAGCAAAGUAAUGUAGUCGGAGUAAUUAGAUAUGCAGUGUGGCAAAACGAAGUCUGGCAAUAUGGAUUUGGGCAAAUCCUGACUACCAAGCUAUACUAUCAGCGGAAAAAAGCUUCACAUUGAAGGAACCAGUGGCAGGAGGUUGACCAGGAAAUUGAAGGACCUCCAGUCAUCCCGAGUUGUGUCAGUUUUCAUGGCACAGGAACGAUAAGGUGUUUCGUAGCGGUCUAACCGCAUGAGAGUUAGG